UGAUCGAUGUGAUGAGGAACCCAGAUAAAGCUGAAUGUUAGACUUCACAACUCGUACUUGAUUUUAGAUGUCUCUCUGUUUUAAUAGCCACUUUAAACUUCCAAAACAGCUCUGAGUGCCUAUUAAAUGGGAUGGAGUUGUUCUUGUUGUUCACUAUAGCUAGAAUACUCGAAGCGUUAGAACUCCUGGCCCUAAGAACUUCUUAAUGCUGUUAGAAACUGGUUCCCUCUAUAGACAUUAUAAAUGCCUGUUCCUUUGUGUGAGGACUCCUGUUUUGGCUGCAUUGAUUCGUUGGUAGGCCUUUGAGCUCUCUUGUCUGCAAAUUGAGUUGUCUAUGUUAAUACGAUAAGUUAGUCCUGUUAAGUGUACAUGGAAUGGACAGAAUCUUGCAUUUAAUUAUUUUCCUAUUGUUCCUCCUCACAAAUCUUUGUUUAAACUUCUGAAGAACUUCCGAGCUGGGGAGUUUGAGAUGUUUCUCUGUAUUGUGGUUAUGAGACUGAUAUUUUCUAUUUAUAUAUGCCCAUCACUACUCUGAAUAAGAUAAUAAUGCUCUUUACAUUGUUUUUAUGUGCUAUCAUUCACAGGACCAAUAUUUUCUGAGCGAUUAUAGUUUUAAAUUUAAACAUUGGCAGCAUUAUUAUGCAAGUAAUUUCAAUUUUUUGUUAAA